AUGCGGCCGCGCGUGGGCCUCCUGCUGCACGCCCUGCCGCUGCUGCUGUGGGGCGGCCUGGACGCCGAGCCCGUGGGGCGCGUAGGCCGGGAGCUGCGCCAGGAGGCGGAGGCGUUCCUGGAGAAGUACGGAUACCUUGACGCACAAGUCCCCAAAGCUCCCAGCUCUACUCAGCUCAGCAAUGCCAUCAGAGAGUUCCAGUGGGUGUCCCAGCUGCCGGUCAGUGGCGUGCUGGACCAUGCCACCCUUCGCCAGAUGACACGCCCCCGCUGUGGGGUCGCAGACACUGACAGUCACGCAGCCUGGACCGAGAGGAUCAGUACCCUGUUUGCUGGACGUGGAGCCAAAAUGAGCCGUAAUAAACGCUUUGCAAGGCAAGGCAACAGAUGGUACAAGCAGCACCUCUCCUACCGCCUGGUGAACUGGCCCGAGCACCUGCCCGAGUCUGCCGUGCGAGGGGCUGUGCGCGCCGCCUUCCAGCUAUGGAGCAACGUCUCAGCACUGGAGUUCUGGGAGGCCCCGACCACAGGCCCCGCGGACAUCCGCCUCACCUUCUUCCAAGGGGACCACAACGACGGGCUGGGCAAUGCCUUCGAUGGCCCAGGGGGCGCUCUGGCGCACGCCUUCCUGCCCCGCCGCGGCGAAGCGCACUUCGACCGGGACGAGCGAUGGUCGCUGAGCCGCCGCCGCCGCGGGCGCAACCUGUUCGUGGUGCUGGCGCACGAGAUCGGCCACACGCUCGGCCUCACGCACUCGCCGGCUCCGCGCGCGCUCAUGGCGCCCUACUACAAGAGGCUGGGCCGCGACGCGCUGCUCAGCUGGGACGACGUGCUGGCCGUGCAGCGGCUGUAUGGCAAGCCCCUGGGGCGCUCGGUGGCCACCCAGCUCCCUGGGAAAGUGUUCACGGACUUUGAAGCCUGGGACCCCCACAGCUCCCAGCGCAGGCGCCCGGAAGCCCCGAGUCCUAAACACUGCCACUCUUCCUUCGAUGCCAUCACUGUAGACGGGCAACAGCAGCUGUACGUUUUUAAAGGGAGCCACUUCUGGGAGGUGGCAGCAGACGGCAAUGUCUCAGAGCCUCGCCCACUCCGGGACAGGUGGGCCGGGCUGCCCCCUGACAUCGAGGCUGCUGCGGUGUCGCUGGAGGAUGGAGACUUCUACUUCUUCAAAGGGAGCCGGUGCUGGAGAUUCCGGGGCCCCAGGCUGGUGUGGGGUUCCGCACAGCUGUGCCGGGCAGGGGGCCUGCCUCGCCACCCCGACGCGGCCCUCUUCUUCCCUCCUCUGCGCCGCCUCGUGCUCUUCAAGGGCGCCCGCUACUACGUGCUGGCCCCAGGGGGGCUGCAGGUGGAGCCCUACUACCCCCGCGGCCUGCAGGACUGGGGCGGGGUCCCCGAGGAGGUCAGCGGGGCCCUGCCGAGGCCCGACGGCUCCAUCAUCUUCUUCAGAGACGACCGCUACUGGAGCCUGGACCAGGCCAAACUGCAGGUCACCACCUCGGGCCGCUGGGCCACUGAGCUGCCCUGGAUGGGUUGCUGGCACGCCAACUCGGGGGGCGCCCUGUUCUGAAGGCACCGCCCCCAUGAACUCUUGGUGCCCUCAGGGCCGAUUCAUUUUCCCUGCCCAGGGGCAGGACCUGUACGGGGAAAGCCCAGGUGGAGGUUUGCAUUUGUUCCCUGGAGAGUGGCCCACCGUCAUGUUCCCACUGCACGGCUCCAUCUGCGAGGCAGCAGCACCGAGGUCCAGCCGUGGAGGAUGGAAACGCGGCUGAGAGUUGGAGGCUGUUUUGCAAGACUGCCCCCUUCUCUUGGGGCCUCCUGGCUCUGUUCUUUGGAAACUGUGUCUUGUUUCAAGGCCUCACCUCCAGGGAGGACAAGGGUCUCCAACCUCAGAGGCCCCUGGGGCUGACCGUCACAGAGCCUGAGGGAGGCUGAUGUGGCCUCUGGCUUUUUGUCUGGGGCUGGAAUAAAGAGACGCCCCCAGCUGGUGGCCCUGCAGGCAGGAAAGAGCGGUCCUGGGAACAGAUUGUCCGAACUUCCAGCGACAGUGAGUGAGUGUGUGCAGACACAGGGAGUGCGGCCGGCCAGCUGUGUGUGUGCAGUUGUGAUGGGGGACAGGGCCCACCUCGCCUCAAAAGGCAAAGUGUCCUUGCCCCGCACCCUCCCGCCUCCCAGGCCAGGUCAGGGGUCCCCUCCCCAGGGUCUGCACUGCUGCAGCCACGGGGGAUUUGCAGAUUAGGGGAGGCCUCCUGGCCACAAUGGCCCCAUUCUCCGGGCCACACACACAGCAUUCCUGAAGCUCCUGCUGUCUGGCCAAGAAUUGCUGGGCCGCCUGCAGAGGGAACUGGCUCCCAGCCUCCCAGCGUCUGCUCCUCCAGGCACCCCGCCCCCCACACCUGCACGCUGACCUCAGCAAAGGAAGCUCUCAGGGGAGCUGACAAGGGCCGCAGGGUCCAGCCCCCAACCCCCCAGGGGCAUUCUUUGUCUUCUGCCUCCCUUCUCUGUACAACCCGGACUGCCCUUAGGUGCCAGCGCCUGGUACUGCCCUGUGCUGGGAGGCAAGGGGGCGGCUGCCCGCCCACCCCAGUUCCUCUGGCUUGAACCCCAGAGGGAGGUCCCAUCUUCAUCGCCCCGCCUCCAGGCGCUGACACUGUGAUUAGAGGCUUUAUUGAAAGAUUUGAGGGAAAAGGGAACCCAGAGGUUGUUUCCCUUAGGAGAUGCCUCUGUCAGCCUGGCCGGAAGGACCUGCAAUGCACGUGAGGCUGCAUCUGGGGUGCGCGUCAGGUGGGCGCGGGCGCUUUUGGAGUAGCCGGGCUCUAGGUGACGCUGGGCUCUGCCCUGGCAGGCGCUAGGUGGCCAAUGGAGACCCCCGCCUCAACGGUGGGCCUCUUCGCCCGAGGGGGCGCCCCGCGGGCGGCUCUGAGGUGGGGCAUUUCUCCCGCCCCGGCGGCACCCGCCUUACCCAGAUCCGUGUGUUCCAGAACGCAGUGCGCCACGUAGGCCGGGGGGCUGUGCAGGAUCCUGCAUUUCUUGCAGA